GAACGGAGGAAGUCGUCUUCGGGCAAGUCGGAGGAAGCAUCCUCCUUUUCUGCCGAAAUGUCUCCAAAGAAGCGACCGAGGUGGUCUGGUUUCAAGGGGACCCUCGUUCUUUCCCUCCGCUCUUCUCCUCGAGGGUCUCCUUGCCCCCGGACGUCCGUUUCUCCCUGGUGGACAACAGCUCCCUGCGCAUCACGGGGCUGCGCGCCCAGGACGAGGGCAACUACACCUGCAGGGAGGUGCUCAACAAGACGGACCACGAGCACAGGGUCCGACUCCUGGUAGCCAAUCCACCGCGCUCAAUCCCAAAGUGCUGGGCCGAGACCUCCUCGUCGGGGCUGGCGCUGCAGCUGUUUUGCAGCUGGCCUGGGGGGUACCCCCACCCCACCCUGCACUGGAGAGAAGAGGGGCACGAUCUGGAGAACUCGAGCUGGGUCCUCAGCUCCACGAGCUCCUCUGACACCCACGUGGAAACGCUGAACAGCUCCCACCUGGCCAACCACAAAGUGUUCAAGUGUGUCGGGAGCCACGUAGUCAAGCAGGAGGAGCCUGCGUGCACCGUGGAGAUAAAAGUCCCAUCGCUAGAAUCGGAGCCCCCGAAGACCUGCUUCGUGGGUGACAACGUGACCCUGACGUGCCGUGUGACCGAGAGCACGCCGGCACCGCGGCUCACCUGGCUGCGGGACAUUGCCCAGCCCGAGGUGGAGAUCCAGCCCGGAGGGAGGUACCUCAUCGCCCAGGAGGGCAACGUCUCCCGCCUCACCAUCCGCAACUGCUCCCAGGGCACCGACGGCGGCUGCUACGUGUGCAAGGCGCAGAACCCUGUGGGGCUCAGGGAGCUCUUUGUCUGCCUGACGGUGAAGCGGGAGUGUGAGCCGGUGAAUGUCGUUGGGGUCGUGGGUGCCGUGGUGGUCCUGUCCCUGCUGGCUGUUCUCACUGUCACCGGGGUCGUCUUGUACUACAAUCCCCUCCUGUGCCUCAGAGGUGCUGCAUUCAGGAACCAGGAUUCGAGUGACAUCUUAGUGCUGGUGGACUCAGACGACGAUGAUGAGGGGAAGGGGGAAGAGGAGGCCGUGAACGGCUCUGCCAAGCGUGAGGCGAUGGUGCUGGUCCAUGGGAACAGCAGCCGGGGCGCUGACCUCGGCUGCCUCGCGGAAG